AUGCUGUUUGACCGUCGCUUGGUGGCCGGCUUGGCCGGUCUUUUGACCGCCACGCGUGUGAGUGCCGAUGCGUGCACAGAAGACUUGGUGAUUGACGACUUCACCACAUGGCUGACCGGGUUUAACAACCUGGGUUCGGAAAACGGGGAUGACGGGUCUAUGACAGCCAUUGCUGCCACACCAGGCUAUGUUGUGUUCACCCCCAAGGCCGACGAUAGCUCGUACUUUUACGAGUCCUUUGCGUGUCAACCCGCCAUCACGGACGGCUACAAUGCCAUUGAGUUCACGGUCGUGGGCCCGGCCAAUGGCUCGUUUGCGCUUGAGUUGCAAACACUCUCCAGUUGCAGCGAUGAGACAGGGGCAUACAACAGUUCCUGGAACUUUGUCGAGGGGCUAACCGGCGAGCGCCAAACCAUCAACCUGCCUCUCGAUGGCUGGGACGAUGCGCCCAACUACGACGCCAUCGUCGGCCUGGCAUGGUCUACGUUUUCCGAGAACGAAGUGAACUGGUCUGUAGGCAACGUGACUCUUAUUGUCGGCCUCCACGGCCGCGCUCUACCCUCGCCGACUGCCCCCCCAUUUGCCGCCCGCGCGGCGAAUGCUGCACCUGCUGCGACCUCCGAGGCGGACGCCUGCACGAACCUGCUGAUCGACGACUGGGAGUCACAGUCGCGGCUGACGUUCCUGGGGUACAACGCCCUGGACCAGACGUCGAGUGAUGAUGCGUCAAUGGCGUCGAUUAUUGUCAGCAACCACAGACUACUACUAACCCCGGUCGACGAGGACUCGUACUUUUACAGCGAGUUUGGGUGCCUGGACGUCGGCACCACGUACGGCGGCAUCUCGUUCCGUAUCAAGGCCUCGCGCGGCACCGAGUUCUCCGUCAGCAUUGGGUACGCCGCCGACACGUGCAGUACCAACCCCGACGAUGAAGGUCAGUCGUCGAGCUUGUCGACCGACGAUCUGAACUGGACCUUUGACGGCACCGAAAAGCUGUACUCACUCCCCUUCUCGGCAUUCAGUGGAGUGGGCGGGUCGAAGCUCACGUUGAUCUACUUUGAGGGUUUCAGCCACAAUGUGUCGUUUGGACCCAUGUCCUUCUACUGCGGCGACGAGGCGUCCGAGUACCAGCUGCCGACCGACGUCCCGACCUCGCCGGCGGUUACGCAGCCUACACCGUCAACGACACCCGCGUCUAAGAACUUGGUCAUCGAUACCUUCAAAGACUCGGAAUCGAACGACCUGGGCGAGUGGCACGGCGCGGACGAGGAAGGCAUGGUGGCGACGUUUGGCAAUAACGUGGUGACUCUCCACACCAACGACUCGGACCUGUCGUGGUACACGCAACUGGCGGGCCAAUGCCGCGACCUGCGCGAGUACGGGGGAGGCUACCUCCACUUCGCGUAUUCGGGCAGCAACAAGUUCAGCAUCGCGCUGCAGCAGCACAAUGAGAAGUGCGACGACACGAUCAAGCCGUUCCCAGAGACGUGGGAUUCGCUCGAGGCCGCGCGCUACGCCACGUCGUCGGACAUCUACAUCCCCAUUAGCCACUUCAAUGUUAACCUCACGCGCGUCGUCGGCUUCGCACUCAAGGGCUUCUACAGCACCACCCCGACCAAGAUCACCAAGAUCGAGAUCGUCGACGAGCUGCCGUCCGGCUGGGGCGAGAUUCCACCCAAGCUCGCGUCGGGCAACCUCGUCUUCUCGUGCACGCGGCCCAACUCGUUCGCAGUGGCCAUCGACGACGGCGACCCGCAGUUUGCCGCGCGCGUCGUCGAGAUUCUCGAAGCCGCCGACAUUCCCGUGACCUUCUUCACGGUGGGCCUCCCCUUACUCGACGAGUCCAACGGCCUCGCCGACAUCUACAAGGACAUGGCCUCGCGGGGCCACCAGAUCGCGCUGCACUCGUACACCCACCCGCCGAUGGAGGGCCUGCCGGACGAGGCGUCGAUUGACUGGGAGUACACCAACGAUGUCGGCGCGGUGAAGCAGGUCUUUGGCGACGGGGUGCACACCAACUACUUCCGCCCUCCGUUCGGUACCGAAGGCGCCCGCAUGCGCCAGCGGUUGGCAGCGGUGUUGGACGAUCCCAGCCCGUACAUUGUUGAGUGGAGCAUCGAUAUCGAGGACUGGCUGUGGGCGGAGAGCGACACGCCGGAGAAGCAGCUGGAUGCGUUUGAGCGGGAUGUUAAGGCUGGUGGUAACCUGAUGGUGAUGCAUUAUUUGUAUAACUCGACGGUUGAGUUGUUGCCUGAGUUUAUUCGGGUUGCGAAGGGGACCGGCAAGCGUCUGAUGCGCGUGGACCAGUGUUUGGAGGAUCCGAACGCGCCGCCUCUUGAUUAA